AUGUACGAAGGAGCUCCAGAAACACCUCACAUCCUUCAGGAGGCCCCUGUCCACCUCAUUGACAACCACAUCUGCAACAGCAGCGAAUGGUACGCAGGGGUCAUCGUGGACACUCACGUGUGUGCUGGCUAUCAGGAAGGUGGCAUCGACACUUGCCAGGGUGACAGCGGUGGCCCCCUCGUAUGCAAAGAUCCAGUUGGCGAGUACUAUUGGCUUGUUGGUGUCACCAGCUGGGGAUAUGGCUGCGCAAGAAUGCAACAACCCGGAGUCUACAGCGCUGUUCAGCGGUAUUACAACUGGAUCUUGAGCCACAUAAGCACACUGCAAGAAUCAUCACGGAGAUGGAGUCGUUCAUCCUCUGGUUUCAGCCAACUCCCUAGGCCAAGGCCAAAACAGUCACGGCAAGAAUCAUUACGGAAAUGGGGCCAUUCAUACUCUGGCUACAGCCAAUACCAUAAGCCAGUGCCAACACAGUCAGUCCAGCCUGAUCCCUGCCCAUACCCAACCCACAAGCUUGUGGAAUUUUUUACUGGGGUGCAGCAGCUGCUAAGCAUCCUAAAGGGAAAUAAGCCCUGA